AUGAAGAAUAAUAAUUUAAAAGACCAGCUCUCAAGAGUAGGUAAUGGAAACCACAAAGACCUCAAUAAUGGAGAUACCAUUCACAGUAUUAGCAACACAAAGAGGUUAUCAAAUGGGUCCAUUGAUCCAGAUGACGACGUUAGUAGGGUUAUUGAGCUUCGCGACACUCUUGAGAAACAGAAUCAUGAGUUGGGUCAGGCUAAAAUUAGGGUAACGGAUGCUAACAUCAGGGUUGCAGAGCUAGAGGAGAGUCUUGCUAUGGCUCAGAAAGAGAUGCUCAAAGCACAGGAGAGUGCUGCUAAAUAUCAAAGGGAUGCUAAAGAGGCCAUGGCCCAGAAGGAGGAUAUGGAGGAACGUAUAGCUACGUUAGAAAAGAGAUAUCUAAAUGCCCAGCGAGAAACCACAUCUCUACAUGAUCUUAAUGAUAAAUUAGAGGCUGAGUUAGCCAGUCGAGAGGCUGACGUUAAACAGUAUGAAGAUAAACAGCGAGGAAUGCAGGAGAGACUAGAUGCCUCAGAACAAAGGUUAUCACAAUCAUUAAGCAAAGCUGAAGCAUUACCAAGUGUAGAAGCUGAAUUAGCUGAUAGAAUGGCUGCACUCUCUCAGGCUGAAGAGAGGCAAGGAAACACAGAAGAAAAACUAAAGCAACUCAGGAAUGAAUUAGAAGAAUGUAAACAUGAACUAGAAAGGGCAAGAGAGAGGGAAAGAAUGAAUGAAGAACACAAUAAGAGAUUAUCAGCGACAGUAGAUAAACUAUUAACUGAAUCAAAUGAAAGAUUAAAGAUACAUCUCAAGGAAAGAAUGUCGGCUUUAGAUGAUAAGAAUGGGAUGACUCAGGAAUUGGACAAGAUCCGACGAUCAAUGGAUGAGAUUGAAAGAGAGAAGAGUAAAGUUGUUGAAGAGAGGGAUCGAUUGAGAAUAGAAAUCAAGUCUUUGAGAGAUGGAUUUGAUUCUGAUGGCUCAGCUAGAAAUAUCAGUAGCAGUACAACAUCCCAAGCGGUACCUGAUGUUGUGAUGGCCAAUGCUGCUAAACAGGGAAGAAGUGAGGAUGAAGUGAUACGGCGCCCUCAGAAGGGCCGCAUCGAAUCACUCAAAGGCAACGAUAGAAAGCAGGUUCACACGUUGAAUGAGCAGGAAUGGGAGAAGGCGGAGCAGGCCAAUGUCUUGGCAAACAUUGCCCAAGCUUUUGAGAGCGAGAGCUCUUCACCUGCUGGUGAUGAUAAUGCAGAUAUCUUCUCAGCGGUUGAUAUGUUGUCUCCUCAAGGUCAGACCGAUGCUCAGACGUUAGCAGCGAUGCUUCAGGAACAACUAGAUGCAAUCAAUAAUGAAAUCAAAUUAAUACAAGAGGAAAAAUUUAGCACGGAGCAGCGAGCGGAGGAGCUUGAGCAUCGGGUAGGAAGCGUUGAUAACAUUGAUAUAUAUGGGACUUCCCCGAGUCAUCGCUACUGGAAUCCAGAACCAAGGUCACUUACAAGGUCAUUGCCAGGAAGUAUGCUAAUGAUGACUACAGCAUCAGAUCAGGGUCCAUCACAACAACGUACAGGAGAUAAUAAAUCACCUCCUCAAAGCGCUGAUUCAACACCGGUCACUGUUAGACGAAUCCAUCAAGCUGAACCAGCAUCACCUCUUACCUCUCACUAUAAACAUAGUGCUAGCCAACCUCAUAUAUCCUCACUAGGGGGCGCUGUUUAUGGCGUACGGGAAAGAGGUUAUGAUAGCGAUGUGGAUGACAUAGCUUCAAGGCCCAAAUAUGUUCACAAUCGUUCUAUGUCCCUUUCUGAGUCGGAGCUGCAGUAUUGGCAAAAGAGCGAGGUCAUCUGGGAACCUAGAACACUCAAUUUCAAGCCAAUAACAAAGGAGAAGGAAACAGCGGAGGUGAGACCGAUCCGAUGCGAGCCAAGUCCACCCAUGUCACCAAGAUCACAACAGCUUGAGAAGAUGGCUGCAGCUAUAGCCGCUCAAGCUAGUCAAAAUGAACAAAGAAGCAGAAACUCAAUGGAAAGUAACAGCACACCCAGCCCCCAUAGCAGUGCUAAUAGUUCACAAGACUCGCUUAAUAAGAAUUUACAGAAGAAACAAGCUUCAGGUAUAAAGGGCUCCCUCGGUAGGAUUUUUGGAAAGAAAGAGAAGCCUGGGAGAAGAGGGAGAGAACAUCCUGAUAAAGCCCAUUUUCAAGACGAUUCAUCUUCCCAAGACUCAAUGUCAAUUGGAGUCGCUGGCCAGAGAGAGCAAGAUAGGAGAAAGAAAAAGAAACAUGAAUUAUUAGCAGAAGCAAUAAGAGCAGGAACCCCAUUUGCACUAUGGAACGGUCCUACUGUAGUUGCAUGGUUGGAACUCUGGGUAGGAAUGCCUGCAUGGUAUGUAGCAGCGUGUCGAGCAAAUGUGAAAAGUGGUGCCAUCAUGUCUGCACUCUCUGAUACAGAGAUACAAAGAGAAAUCGGUAUUAGUAAUCCACUUCACAGACUGAAAUUAAGACUAGCUAUUCAAGAAAUGGUCAGCCUUACAAGUCCGUCAGCUCCGCCCACAUCCCGGACAUCUGAUGAGAAUAUCAAUGAACCCCCGCCCCGCCCACCUUCUCCUCCCCCACCCCCUCCCCAUCCAAUUGAGCAGACUUUAGCAUUCGGUGAGAUGAAUCAUGAAUGGAUUGGAAAUGAUUGGUUGACCAGCAUUGGCUUGCCGCAAUACCGCUCAACGUUCAUGGAAUGUCUGGUAGAUGCAAGGAUGUUGGAUCAUCUGACCAAGAAAGACCUUAGAGGACAGCUUAAAAUGGUUGAUAGCUCCCAUAGGAAUAGCUUCCAGUACGGUAUACUAUGUCUGAAAAAAGUCAACUAUGAUAGGAAGGAAUUAGAAAAGAGGAGAGAAGAGAGUGCAGUAGAGGUUAAAGAUGUAUUAGUAUGGAGCAAUGAAAGAGUAAUAAAGUGGGUAUGUUCUAUUGGACUCAAAGAGUUUGCUCAAAACCUGAAGGAAAGUGGCGUACAUGGAUCCAUUGUUGCUCUGGAUGAAACAUUUGAUGUCAGUGCCCUCGCACUUGCGCUUCAGAUUCCAACACCAAACACGCAGGCACGAAGCACGUUAGAACAGGAGUUUAAUAAUCUACUUACUGUUGGCACAGAGAGGAGACUAGAGGAGGUAUGUAAUAUUCUUCAAUGAGAAUAUAGUUUUGUCAGCUUCAUGAUAAAAUUUGCUAAUAAUUUUCAUUGACUAAUAUGCUCUCAUCUAUUGGGGUGUAUAUCAGUGAACGUCCUGACCAAACUUGUUAUGAAACACUCCCUGGAAUCAUCAUGAGAAAAUGGUCCGUAUACAAACCCUUUUGAAAAUACCAUAACUGUUUAACAAGUCAGUUUUGAGCAAAACUUGUUGCUAAACCCACUGACUAACUUUUAUUUAUUUGUUGAGUAAAUGAGCACAUGUUAAAAGCAAAAGUGUUACUUCUCAAAGAUCUCUCUAGUAAUGAUGAGUGGUUCAGAUCAUAUUGUUAUAUUGGCAAAAAGAAAUUACUCUUGUCAUUUUAUAAACGUUAUAGUUCUUCAUUUCGCACAUUUCUCAGAGAAUCAAAGAGAUUUUACACACAAUUUAGUGAGUGCAGUUACCAAAUAAGUUUGCUCAAACUUGUCAUGGUAAAUAGUCAUUGUAUUUAUAGAAACAUAGGGAUUACUUUUUUGUAUUUAUAAAAAGUUUGAUUCAUACAAGCACAAUACUAUAUUCUUGGAGAAACAACAUCAACAAAGCAACUAACAGUUUGGAAACCCCUCAUUAACUUUUUGAUACCAUUAUAUUUACAUUUGAUAUUUAUAUGGCAUAACAUAAAUUAUCUAUUCACUUGUCUAUAUUCAUGCCUUAUUUGUCAUCUAUUUAAUGAUUGAAUCUAAUAUGCCCUAUUUAUUUUGAAAUGACUCAUCCCCCAUCCACAUGUAUUUCAUUUUCAGUGAUUUUGAUAACUAGAAUAACACUUUUAUUAUUAUGAUAUAGUUUUUGGCUGAACUUUCUGAUCCAUUCUUAAUCGCUUGUGAUUUUUGUUUUUUAGAUAGUUUUGUUUAUUUAUUUAUUUUUUUUGUUCUGUGUCCUGAUGCUAUACUGCAUGGGUAAGGAAAUUGAGCGUGAAUUAAAUGAGGUAAAUUUCAACCUGAUAGUCACUUGGUUUUAUGGAAGCAAAAAAGGUGGUGCCUCUCUCAGUGAGAGAAAACAUGGUAUUUUCUAAGAAAUUGCAUCUUAACUUCUUAAUUGUCAUUUAACCUCAAUUGUAUUUCAGAAUUUGCCAUUUAAUACUUCUUAUGAGAUCUUGAAAUAAAAGCUUAAUUGAUUAUAAUAUUAGCAGUUAUAUUGAAAUAACAGUGAUAGGAAUUAAAGCACCAAAUCUACUCUGUUAAGAGUGUGUGAAGCGCAUGUAAAGUAGUGAAUUUUCACAUACAGUAGGAGUUUUUAGAAGAUUUUGAGAGGAUUUGAUUUAUUUCAUUUGUGUUUGAUUGCAUCUCAUUUUACAAGUCACCAGUGAAAUGAUUAUAUAAGCAAAGGAAUCCACUCCCGCUCGCCCCC